ACAGAAUCCUAUCGAAUUCAGAAAACGACCGGUAUUGUAGCAAGAUCUACUUUUCUGGAUUUUUCCAGUCUUUAUUUCUUCAAGAUAAGCAUCAAAUCCGCCCACAAAUGUACGGUGGGUAGCUCCACUUCUUCAAACUGUGUGAGGAAGUCUUUUACCUUGCUUCUCCGCGCUGGUCUUUUAAAACUGUACGUGCCAUAAAAAAAAAUUCGCGGUUGAGCCUUGAUGUGGUUAAAAUUUUUCGCAGCAGGAUAGAACACUAUACAAGACCUGAUUUAUUCAGAUGACAACAAGUAAGACGCGUUUUAGUGACUUACAAAAGCUUCGUGAGUAUCUCUCACUUGUCGGUAUAAGUCUUUCGAAGUCGGCUCAUCCGAUGGGCGUGUUUUCGCAUCCAGAGCUGCGAAUCUCCUCCUCGCGUGGGCUCAAAAAUAUGAAGCGACGACAAUAAAGUUUCCCAACCACUAUUCAAAACACAAAGACGAUAAAAAUUCGUUCAUCUGUGCUUCACGCACUCAAAGACUGGUCGUAAAUUAACCCACAGUAAUGCAUGCGCUCUCAGUGGCCGCAUCGUCACGAACUUCCGGUUAUGAUGGAGACCGCUAUGGCAGAUGUGAAAAUUUGGAACCCUAUGGCCCGCAAUCAGUCACAACAGCGGAUACAGGAAUAAGAAUUCGCAUCAACGUCCGGGGACUUGUUUUCGAAACCUAUGAACAAACUCUGGCCCAGUACCCUCAAACAUUGCUCGGUUCGCCAAGCAAGCGGAGGGAAUAUUACAACACUCUGAGCAAGGAAUACUGUUUUGAUCGUGAUAAAGUUGUGUUUGAUGCCAUACUGUUUUUCUAUCAAUCCUGCGGAAUUUUAUCAUGUCCCGAGCACGUUCCACGGGAAAGUUUUUUAGAGGAAAUAAAAUUUUUCCAGCUUCAUGAAGCGGACUUGAGGUACAAACAGGAAAUUGAACCUGAGAAGGUGAAAGAUGUUGAAGAGGAGAUGCCCGAACAUCCGAUUCAGCGAAAAAUUUGGAGGCUUCUAGAAUACCCUCACACCUCCAUUUGGGCGGAUUUGCUGGCAAAAUUCAGUUUACUUGUGAUAAUAUUAUCAACGAUAACAUUUUGUAUUGAGACUAUCCCGAGGUUUAAUCGGCGCACUGUUUGUCGUGAUGUCACUUCGAGCUCCUUACACAACAAUACCAACGGUCAUAUAUUGACAGUUGACCUCUACAACACUUCGCUGGGCGAUAAUCACAUCAACCUGACAGAGACACACUGUACUGUUAUAGAACGUGGUACCUAUUGGUCAACGAUCGAGACUGUCUACGUAGCAUGGUUUACGUUUGAAUAUGUUUUGCGACUUAUUGCUGCUCCAAAUCGAAUCAAAUUUAUGACUUCCGCCUUAGGUUUAGUUGACUUUUUAGCCAUUUUGCCAUUUUAUAUCACUCUUAUCUUCGAAGCGGAUGGUGUCUUGAUGACGUCAUUUCCGGUUUUAAGGAUAAUUCGCCUCAUUAGAGUGUUACGAGUCCUGAAGCUUUCUCGCUACAGCAAAGGCUUGAAAGUUCUCGCUCAAACAUUAGUUAUGAGUGGAAAAGACCUACCGUCGCUAUUAGCAGUUAUGAUUAUUAAUGUGAUCCUCUUCUCCAGCGUCAUUUACUAUGUUGAGAAUGACGUGAAAGACAAUGACUUUGAUAGUAUACCAGACGCCUUUUGGUGGACGAUAGUCACCAUGACCGCAGUGGGUUAUGGGGACAAGGUACCGAAAGGUGCUCUGGGUAAAUUAAUUGGAGCCAUCUGUGCUGUAUCCGGGAUAGUUGUUCUGUUUUGUUUCCCCACCCCUGUCCUGCUGUCACACUUUGAGGAGAUGUACAAGCUAAAGGGAAGUAGUCCGGCGAACAAACAGAAAGGGAAGGAAAAGCAAAACAAUGGGAAACAGGAGGAUGAAAGCAAAAUGAAAGACACUGAAGUCACUCUGUUGGGAGAAGGAGAAAGAAUUGAGAUUUACGUUUAAUUUUUAUAUCCAAAUUGUUUAGGUAUGGUUUCUCCAGACCCCUGAAAAAGGUGCAAAGUUUUCAGAGGCGAAAGUUAAGAAUCACAGUUUUGUUAGAAAAAGUAACGAUAUAAAUGAUAAUAAAAAAGAAUCUCAUCCCUUACCCAGCUUUCCCUCGGUUUUAUGUAAAAUUUCACAGACAAUGAAAAGAUGUAGGUACAAGAUAUAACAGGAUCCGUAGCUAAAAGACGAAGACUAGCUGUGUAGCAGUCGAAACGUUGUAAUCAAUAGA